AUGUGCGCCGACGACUCCGUCGGUGAACUAAAACAAUGCAAAUGCCAACUGACCAACGUACUCCCCAAACGUCAAAAACUUGUUUACCUUAAAAUUGGAUCUGAACUCGCAGAUAAUUCAACCCUUCUCUCCGGUCUACCCAUCAAAUCUUCUCCCAAAAUGACAACGAUCGGUACUGUUGAAGAUCAUAUAAUCGUGGAUGAAGCUGAUGCUCCAGAGAUUGUUGCUGAUUUUGCAAUCGGAGACAUUAAAGACAAAGAGGUCAACAACCAGAAACUAAGGAGACGUGUUGAUCAAUACAAGAUUGAAUUACGAAAUCCAUGUCGAAAGGGGAAGAAGCUUCUUUGA